CAGGGCUGAUGUACAAACGAAAAAUAGCACAUGAUAAGCCAGUAGGAGCCCUUUCAAGACGUCUGCUAUGGAGGCUAAGAGAUAUCUUGGGCGGUCCCGGUGACACCUAGCCAGUCUUACUCUUGUCGUCGGCAGAGAAGGACCGUGGUUGAGAUACUGACGCAGUUGUUAACAGCGAGAAAAAAAGGAUUCGAAGAUGCCGCCAAAAAAUGCAAAGAAAAAGAAAGCUCAAGAAGCCGCAGCGAAAAGAACUAAGAAGAUGGGGAAAGGGAAGAUACAAAUCGCCCUGAUGAGUCUUCUGGAGGGAGAGGAUAAAAUGAAGAAGGCUAUCAACCAAGCCUUUACAAAGCUGGACACGGAUGGUAGUGGUUUCCUGGAGAAGGAGGAACUAUUCGAAGCGCUGAAUGACGCCCUGGGAGCGGCGGAAGACGAAAAGGGGAUCGGACAGAAGGCGUUCGACAAGUUUUUCGAGAAUUUGGACAAGGACGGUGACGGGAAGAUAUCCAAGGAAGAGUUCACUAAGCGAGCCAGAAACCUCUUCAAGAAGAUGCACGAGGAGCCGGACGGCGACGAUGACUAGCGCCCGAGCACGUCCAUGCCGUGACUUUCUUCAAUAUGUUUCAGUGGAAUUAUGUCUUUGCAAACAGGAUAUAUGUCCUAAGUAAACUGGAUGUCACGGAGAGUGUGUGUAGAGUAUAAUCAUGACAUCCUCUUAUGCCUGGGCCUCCGCUUAUGUAUAUCAAGCAACCACCCAGCCGUACCCGUCUGUGAUACGUCCAAGCCAGCUGUCACCAGCCAAUCACGUCGCCUCCUACGGUUAAGAGGAAACGUAAUUGGCUGGUACCUUUGCUCCAACAAUAAAAGUUUAUUGGCUGACGGUUGGCUAGCACAUGCACAACGCAGCGAGAAGGACAUAUUGCAGGUCUGUGCUCUCCAAACGCGCAGAGGUUUGACUCCGGCUGUUUUUGACGUGUUUUAGACGUUUUUGUCAGGCUCUCUAUUUUGUACCAUUUUCUUCAUAUCCACAGGUGGAAAAAUAGAAAGCCUGACAAAAACACCUAAAACACGUCCAAAACACAGCCGAAGCCGAACCUGUGCUUGUAGAGAAGCAGGGUCUUUGCUUGCUAUACACAGGCCGUGGUCCUGGCAUGAAAGAAGGAAUGUUGACGGCGGCUUGAAUAAAAGUGCGAGGAGUUCCUGGCAAACUCUGGCAUA